UCUCGAGCCGUCAGUGCAUUACCAGUCAAUACAAGCGCUGAGUUUAAAGCAGUGACAAAACCGAUGCCUUCAUUGGCUUUUGUUUGUCAAUCAGUUUUCGCAACACUUUUUUUGAAUCAAUAAAUUUGAUGCAAUCGUCGGCACAUUUGUUGAUCCCAUAUCGAUAUGAAUGACACGUUUAAAGUGGUCUCACAUUAUGCCUCAAUUCCGGACACAAUAUAUUAUGUGAAGGACUUCAUAGACACCGAUGAAGAACGAUAUCUUAUGGAGAAUGUGAUGAAUAGUCCGAAACCCAAGUGGACAGUGCUGUCCAAUCGGCGGCUCCAGAAUUGGGGCGGUUUACCACAUCCCAAGGGAAUGGCUAAACAACAGUUACCACAAUGGUUACAAAAAUAUGCCUUAAAAAUAUCACAACUCAAUGUCUUCGGCGGCAAUACUGCUAACCACGUACUCAUCAAUGAAUACCUGAGUGGACAGGGAAUUAUGCCUCACGAAGACGGCCCUCUCUUCUACCCUUGUGUGGCCACCAUUAAUACCGGUUCUCAUACUUUACUCGACUUCUACCACAAGAGCGUCGCGACGACUGUCGACGGCGACGAUUCUAGUCCGCAACGAAAACCUAUAUUUUCACUACUUUUAGAGCCUCGAAGUCUAGUGGUAUCGCAAAGCGAUGCCUACGAGUCAUACCUUCACGGCAUACAAGAAGUGAAGAGUGAUAUCAUAUCCCAACGAAUAGCGAACCUAAAGCUCUGCGACAGUCACGCGAUGGGCGAACAGCUCGAGAGGACAACUCGAUUGUCAUUCACUAUACGAUAUGUGCCUAAAGUUAUCAAGAAUUUAACUUUUUUCAAAUAAAAUAUUUUUAUCAAACAUAGAAACUGUAAUAAAAAAGUAUUACAUUUACGACAUUCAUGUUUAGCUACAAAUAUAGGAAUGUAACCUGCACCAAUAGGUAGCGUGGCCGAGC